GCCGGGCCCAGCGCGGGCCCCGCGGGGUCGGGCCCCGGCGGGAUCGGGCUCGGCAUGGGGCUGGGCCCCGGCUGCGGCAGCCCCGGGCCCGACGAGGCGGGCGGCGGCUACAACAGCGAGGAUGAGUACGAGGCGGGCAGGGUGGAGAUGGACCCGGCCACGGCCGAGCAGAUGAAGAACGCUGAUUACUUCUCCAACUACGUCACGGAGGAUUUCACCACCUACAUCAACCGCAAGCGCAAGAGCACCUGCCACGGGAACCACAUCGAGAUGCAGGCCAUGGCCGAGAUGUACAACUGGCCUGAGGGGGGCUACCAGUACGGCACUGAGCCCAUCAACACGUUCCACGGGAUCCAGCACAACGAGGACGAGCCCAUCCGGGUCAGCUACCACCGCAACAUCCACUACAACUCCGUGGUGAACCCCAACAAGGCCACCAUCGGCGUGGGGCUGGGGCUGCCCUCCUUCAAACCGGGGCUGGCGGAGCAGUCCCUGAUGAAGAGCGCCAUCAAGACGUCGGAGGAGUCGUGGAUCGAGCAGCAGAUGCUGGAGGACAAGAAGCGCGCCACCGACUGGGAGGCCACCAACGAGGCCAUCGAGGAGCAGGUGGCCCGCGAGUCCUACCUGCAGUGGCUGCGCGACCAGGAGAAGCAGGCGCGCCAGCCCCGCAAGGCCAGCGCCACGUGCAGCUCGGCCACGGCGGCGGCGGCCAGCGGCCUGGAGGAGUGGAGUGACCAUUGA